GAGAGCACAAGUGAGGACCGUGAGUGACCUACAAACAAGCUAAACUAUCUUAACUUCACCCGCUCUGCAGAUUAACACCCCAGCCAGCAGCCCCUGAAGGAGCCACAUUGCUCCCUCUGCCACCUCCCCUCCUCUUCCUCCCCCCAAACAUGACACAUGAAGGUGGGACAACAUGCAGGAGGAGGAGGAGGUGUCUGGACUUCAUGAUGAGGGAAUUGAUACACAAACUGUCUCAGAAGAAGGCAAGGGUCAGCCCAAAAGGCACCCUGAGGUGGAGGUACAGUAGGAGUGAUGGUCACUCUCUGAAGGUGUGAUUAGUUUGAACCAGCAGCUCUGGCAGGCAGACAGGUGAGAGGAGGCUUCUACUGGGUGAACUGGACAUGGUGAUAAACUGAAAAUUGCUCAGCUGAAUUUACAGAAAAAGACUGAGGUUAUCCUUGAUUUGUUUGCCCCAGAGAGAAGAGACAAGAAAAGUAAGACAGGACCACAAGAAAGAAAGACACACAGACUAAGUGAUGGAUCAGCAAGACAAAGGAGGAGGUACAGGAGGUGGAGGAGGGCAGAAAGCCGAGGAGGUCGGUGAUGAAGAAAAGUGGACCAAAGACAAGCACAAUAAGCUGGAGAAGGAAAGCAGUGAGAAGGUGCCGAGCGGAGAGGCCAAGAAGGAGAAACGUCGCCGUCAUUCGAGGAGCGGCUGGGCUCUGACUGAACGUCUGGCCAUGAACGUGUCGGGGAUGCGCUACGAGACCCAGCUCCGCACCCUUGCCCAGUUCCCCGACACCCUGCUGGGUGACCCCCGUCGUCGCGUUCGCUACUUCGACCCCAUACGGAACGAACUCUUCUUGGACAGGAGCCGCAUCUGCUUUGACGCCAUCCUGUACUUCUACCAGUCAGGCGGGAGGCUGCGGAGGCCCGCCAAUGUCCCUCUUGAUAUGUUCCUGCAGGAGCUGCGCUUCUACGAGCUCGGAGAGGAGACCAUCGACCGCUACAAGGCGGACGAGGGCUUCCCCAAGGAGGAGGAGAGGCCCUUACCCGCCAACGACUUGCAGCGUCGCCUCUGGAUGCUGUUUGAGUACCCGGAGUCCUCCGGUGGAGCUCGGAUCAUCGCCAUCAUCAGCGUCAUGGUCAUUGUGCUCUCUAUUCUCAUCUUCUGCCUGGAGACUCUGCCGGAGUUCAGGAAUGAGAAGGAACUGAGGGAGCAAUUCAUCACCAUGCCUCACCCCACCAUAGCGAACGAAACCAUCUCGGUCUCACCUGGCUUCACUCCCUUCCAGGACCCCUUCUUCAUCGUAGAGACGAUCUGCAUCAUCUGGUUCUCCUUUGAGCUCAUUGUGCGCUUCACCUGCGCUCCGAGCAAGGUGCACUUCUUCAAAGACGUCAUGAACACCAUCGACUUCUUCGCCAUCAUUCCCUAUUUCGUCACCCUGUUCACGGAGAUGUCCAAGGACAAAGACGCGCAGCCAUCCGUGUCCCUGGCCCUCAUCAGGGUCAUCAGGCUGGUGAGGGUCUUCAGGAUCUUCAAGCUCUCUCGUCACUCCAAGGGCCUCCAGAUCCUGGGCCAGACGCUGAAGGCCAGCCUCAGAGAGCUCGCCCUGCUCAUCUUCUUCCUCUUCAUCGGAGUCAUACUCUUUUCUAGUGCUGCCUACUUUGCAGAGGUGGACAGUCCUGACACGGCGUUCACCAGCAUCCCUGAGGCGUUCUGGUGGGCUGUGGUAUCCAUGACGACGGUCGGCUACGGGGACAUGUACCCGGAGACGGUCGGGGGGAAGCUCGUGGGCUCCAUGUGCGCCAUCGCCGGCGUGCUCACCAUCUCUUUGCCAGUGCCAGUCAUCGUGUCCAACUUCAGCUAUUUCUACCAUCGUGAGAUGGAGUGUGAGGUCAUGACUGAGCACACACAUGUCUCCACGUCCCUCUGGGAGGGAGAUGACGAUGAAGAAGGGGAAUAUGAGGAAGGAGUGGACGAAGGGCAUGAACACAUGGGAGAUUAUGCAACCCUGUAUGGGCAGGACAGCAGGGGUAUCUGCCCUCCGCUCAACGGGACUCUCCUGACAGGGCUUUGUGCCGGACAGGAAGGUGAUCGGAGAGUGAUAAACUUCUACCUCAAGGAACCUCUGGUCACUCAGGUGUAACAGAGAGAGGACGGUCAUUUAUCACUGCCUCACAUCAAGAAAAGGAGAAUCGCUUACCGACCGGCAGAGAGAAACAAGAGAAAACAUACAACAUGUACACAAAGACUGAUAUAAGCUCGAAUUUGUUACAUUUGAGGCUUUUGCAUGAUUAUAUUUGACUUAUUUAUAUACAUUAAGCAUCUGUGUCACUGUUUCUCAAUAAAUGAAUGUUAUUUAUGCAGGUUUUUACUUACUGCUGUAUUAAAGACAUAUCCAGACUCCUCAAACAAUCCUCUAUCCAGCUCUAUCCUGCUGCACAACAUAGAUUUUCAUUUCUUUCCCUAGUUGCGACUCUGUUUCUUAACCUAAACAUAUAUGGCAGCUAGAAGUGACAUUCUGUGCCUUCUUGUUCGUUUUGGGCCAAUAAUUUCCAUUUUCUUAAUAAUUUCAUAGGAAGUUUCCCAGAAAUUACAAUGUAAAUUGGUAUUAAAUAUGAGGAAACUUUGAAUUUCACUGAGAGAAAACAUUGAUUUAAACGCAAGUAAAUAUUCAGUCAGUAUAAAAUUAUUAUUGGAAACGUUACUUUUCUUACAUAUAGACUUGUAUGCUUGCUUGUGGACAGUUUUUUCAUGUUCUGUUGACCUGCAGUGCACUGACUGAACCACUAUCUUGGUUACACAGGCAAUUAAUUGGAAUUUAUUUACUGGAAGUGUACAAAUUGUGUACUGUUUUCUAUUUCCCUAUAAUUAAUACCAAACUAUAUAUUCCUUUCAGGGAAACUUAUUAGAAAAUGGCUAUGAAAUUAUUCAGAAAUUACGCACCGUGAAAUAAAGCAAGUUAGUGACACUCUCAGCCAUCUUUGUUUGGUUAAAUAAAAGUGCAGCAACUUGGAAAGCAGGUUAAAAAAAUCUUCUUUACUGAGCAGCAGAUGGAAGAAUAUUUGAGGAAUCUGGAAAAUGUUUUUAAAACAGAGACAAAUGUUAAUAAAUGACCUGUGAGGUGGACAUCUCGCUUGAAUGUAAUCAUCACUGCAAAAACGAUCGACUGUUAUCAGCUCAUUAAAUGUGCGUUAUCAGUCCUUCGUUAUCAGUUAUAAGCCUAAUAAAUGUGGGUUAGUAGGGGCUUGCUACACCGACUAGGUUGUAAAAGUGAAAGCGAAACUUAAAAUCAACACGUUCUUAUACGUUGUAUAACUG